UUUUCAGACAACUAUUACCGGGCAGAACUGAUUGAUGCACUAGCAAACUCUGUCACUCCAGCAGUUAGUGUGAACAAUGAAGCCCGGACUUUGGACAAUUUAAAUCCUGAUAUACGCCUUAUUCUUGAAGAGAUUACCCGAUUCUUAAACAUGGAAAAACUGCUACCCAGUUACAGACACACAAUUACAGUCAGCUGUUUAAAUGCAAUUCGGAUCCUGCAGAAGAAUGGCCAUGUCCCAAGUGACUCUGCUGUCUUUAAAUCUUAUGCAGAAUACGGCCAUUUUGUAGAUAUUCGAAUAGCAGCUUUGGAGGCGGUUGUUGACUACACAAAAGUUGACCGAAGUUAUGAGGAACUGCAGUGGCUGCUAACUAUGGUCCAGAAUGAUCCAGUGCCCUAUGUCAGACAUAAAAUAUUAAACAUGUUGACAAAGAAUCCACCAUUUACGAAGAACAUGGAAUCUCCUUUAUGCAAUGAAGCUUUGGUGGAUCAACUCUGGAAGCUUAUGAAUUCAGCAUGUGUACUCAAGGCAAGGUCUAACAUCCUGCUUCCCACAGAGGCUAAGCAUACUUCUGAUUAUGAAGGCAGCUUUUUCCUGCUCAUCCCUCCUAAGGAAGUGUUUUCAAAUUCUCAAGAAGAAGAAGAGAUUGAUAUGGACACGGUUCAUGACAGUCAAGCUUUUAUCUAUCAUCAUUUAAAUAUGUUGGAAAGACCAUCAACACCAG